UCCCUCAAUAGAUCCCAGUGGCGCUGACACUGGGACGUAGUAGCAGUUAUAGUCAGUGGAUAUAACAGUGUGCUUGUUCUAAUGGGUAGACAUUGAUAGACAAACGGCAGCUUCGGCUGUGCGAAUGCUCGUGAAUAAGCCUUGGGUUGAUGCUGUGCCUUGAGCAAGUGAAAUUCAUAGUGUAUUAUUAGUAAUAUAAAUAACUUGUUAAGGUCGGAAACGAUGGAACAGCCGUGGCUGUACAAAAUAAACGAGGAACUUGACGAACGCAAUCGUAAGGAGAAAGGAGUGUUUGAGGAGAUUGUCAGAACAACCGGCCGAUACCAGGAACAAGUUCAAGUCUUACGAGAGCAAAUAACACAAUUAAAUGUGAGACUUGAGAGUCUGCGCCAAGAGAAUAAUGAGCUUCGUAGCCGGGCACCCUCUAGUGCUGACGGAAGUGCUCUAGAAUUAGAAAGGAAGCUGUACAAGCUUCAGGAAGAGCAUACAGAACUACUUAAAAAGAAAGGUGAACAUGCUCAACAAAUUAUCGACCUUCGAAAUCAGCACGAGGCUAAAGAUAAGGAACUUUUAUCUAAAGAAUCUCAGUUACGCGAACAGCAAUACUUAAUUGAUACUAUGAGCGAAGAGCUGAAAAAACUUCGCGAAGAGAAUCAAAGUCUCCGUGCAUCCAAUCAGACGAUGAGGGACGAGCAUGAUGCGCUUCACAUGACCUACGAAAGCCUUGAGAGAAGGCAUCAUGCUAUGGAAAAGGAAAACAUUGAACUCGUUCAAAGCCUAUUCCCACUGCGUGCCUGUGAUUGCGUAUUGAGUGCGGUGUCGAUACCUCUUGAUAUUUCGGGUCUUUUCUACGAAAAAGGAUUUAUCAAAUUGAAGGCGGAGCAUGCGCAAAUCAUGAACGAAGAGAAUGAAAAGUUUGUGCAACGUAAACAGAAGCAAAUGCAAAAGCAGCUGCAGGACGCAGCUAGAGAAGAGGUGACAGUUGCCCUUGAGGAAGGUCCAGCACCUGGUGCAUUUUCGACACUACCCAAUCAACUAAUCACGAAAUUCGAUGCUCACGACGGCGAAGUUUACGCUGUGCAAUGGUCUUACUCAUCGAAGAUGUUGGCGACGGGUGGCGCUGACCGCAAGGUUAAGAUAUGGGAUUUUAACGGGGAAUUCGCGUCGCUUCGAUGCACGCUUAGUGGAAGUAACAUGGCGAUCACCUCAAUCUGCAUGGAUACUGAAGACGAAGCUGUUCUUGCCGCUAACAACGACAUGUCGGCCAGAGUUUGGACUAUACACGACCAGCGCCUGAGGCAUACCUUGACAGGUCACAGCGCCAAAGUUAUGGCUGCGAAGUUUUUGAAUGGGACCUCAAAUGUGGCCACGGGCUCACAUGAUCGCACUCUCAAAUUGUGGGACCUCAAAAAGAACUGCUGUCUGCGAACACUUUUUGCGGGCUCGUCAUGCAACGAUCUCAUUAUAUCUGAUUGCGCUGCAACGAAUAUCAUCAGCGGCCACUUUGACAAGAAAGUUCGUUUCUGGUAUACUCGGAGUGACACUUCACCAACGGAAAUUUUGCUCGGCGGUAAAAUUACUUCUCUCGAUCUUUCGAGUGAUCGGUUUUAUGUUCUCUGCUGUGUGCGUGAUGACACUCUCAAAGUCAUCGAUGUACGUGCCAACCAGGUUCUGUCGACCUUCUGUGAUGACGAUUUCCGAGUGGGCUACGAUUUUACACGAGCGAAGUUUAGUUCGGAUGGCACCCGCGUCGUGGUCGGCUCGGCUGAUGGUACACUGUUUGUUUGGAGCACAUUGACCAAUAAACUAGAAGUUAAACUUCGAAAAUUUACUUCAGCUAUCGUUUGCACCAGUUGGAGUCCGUCGGGCGACUUUGUGGCUAGCAGUGGCAAGGAACAAAAGGUCUGCGUAUGGGGACUUUAAUUAAAACUAAAUUCUACGAGAAGAAACACACUACGAGAGUCGCAAACAUUGAUAUUGAAAAUGAGUAUCGCAGGAAAUCGUAGACUUUUGAACUCAGAAACUAAUGGAGAAUUGUUAGCAUAGUUCCGUCAGGAUCAGAACUGAUCAGCCUAACCUAAUUCGAAGAACCUAAUUUGUAGCUCCACCAACCGUUUGAACCCCAAUUUCUUGGCACAAUUUCAGAAGCAUCAUUAUGUGGAUAUUCAUCCUGGUAUAAGCUUUCCUGGAGAAAUUUUCAAAUGCAUAGUUAAUACAGAUUAGGUCAUUAUUAGGUGUACUGCAGUGUACGUGUGAGAAAAUGAGAGAGAACAUUCGAGAAUAGGAAAUGUCUGCCAAUGCAUACACACGGUUGGCGUCAUGGGGCUGCAAUAUUUAUUGUUAAUACUAUGAUAAUUUUUGUUAUUACUGACCUGUUGUAGUUGAACGUAUGUUAUCAUUAACUACUACUAGCUGUUUGAAUUAACAUGCUGACGAUGUUUAGAUUAGGAAAAUCAAAAGGUGUCGCUUAAAUUCGCAUGAUAGUUGACCAUUUCUUUUAUAAAGUGAAAAACUCUAUAAUUUUAAAAUAUUCUAUGCAAUAGAUGUACUUUAUUACCGCGACGUUUUUGGCGCGGAAUCUUCAUUUUGUAACGACUGUCAAUAGAUCUGUACCCCUCCGAUUUCAAGGACCGCACCACCGAUGUACAUAACGACUAAUUAUAAUAAUGAAUUUAAACAAAGGCCGCCAGCACUAGAUGAAAACCGAAUGUCUUCGUGUCGUCAAGUAAGUGAGAAACCUCAGAUGGACUCGGAACAUGGAACUUCUACGGUACUGUUGUCACCUUUACUACAGGAUUGUAUUUACUUGCGGCAGUUGGAUAAAUAAACAGCUAAUGGAA